AACUCAUGAGCAGAUUUCACUCUAGGGAAAUUUGCUCAGUGGAGUGGAUGGGAUCUUGGUGCACGGGGAAAGAUGUCAAGCUCCUCCUGGCUCCUUUUCAGCCUUGUUGCUGCUAUUGCUGCUCAGUCCAUCAUCGAGAAACAGGCCAAGACAUUUUUAGACGAGUUUAACCAGAAAGCUGAAGACCUGUAUUAUCAAAGUUCACUUGCUUCUUGGAAUUAUAACACCAACAUUACUGAAGAGAAUGCCCAAAAGAUGAAUGAGGCUGAUGCCAAAUGGUCUGCCUUUUAUGAAGAACAGUCUAAGAUUGCCCACAAUUUCUCACUACAAGAAAUUCAGACCCUCAUCAUCAAGCGUCAGCUGCAGGCCCUUCAGAAAAGUGGAUCUUCAGCACUCUCAGCAGACAAGAACCAAAAGUUGAACACAAUUCUGAAUGCUAUGAGCACCAUUUACAGUACUGGAAAAGUUUGCAACCCAAAGAAUCCACAGGAAUGUUCAUUGCUUGAACCAGGUUUGGAUGACAUAAUGGCAAAAAGCACAGACUACAACGAGAGGCUCUGGGCUUGGGAAGGCUGGAGGGCUGAGGUCGGCAAGCAGCUGAGGCCAUUAUAUGAAGACUAUGUGGUCCUGAAAAAUGAGAUGGCAAGAGCCAACAAUUAUGAAGACUAUGGGGAUUAUUGGAGAGGGGAUUAUGAAGCAGAGGGAGCAGAUGGCUACAAGUAUGACCGAAACCAGUUGAUUGAAGAUGUGGAACGUACCUUUGCAGAGAUUAAACCAUUAUAUGAACAUCUUCAUGCCUAUGUGAGAACUAAGCUGAUGAAUGCCUACCCUUCCUACAUCAGUCCCACUGGAUGCCUCCCUGCUCAUUUGCUUGGUGAUAUGUGGGGUAGAUUUUGGACAAAUCUGUACCCUUUGACAGUUCCCUAUGGACAGAAACCAAACAUAGAUGUUACUGAUGAAAUGGUGAAGCAGGGCUGGGAUGCUGAAAGGAUAUUUAAAGAAGCAGAGAAGUUCUUUGUUUCUGUUGGUCUUCCUCAUAUGACAAAAGAAUUCUGGGCAAACUCCAUGCUGACUGAGCCAGGAGAUGACCGGAAGGUGGUCUGUCACCCCACAGCUUGGGAUCUGGGGCAAGGAGACUUCAGAAUCAAGAUGUGUACAAAGGUCACAAUGGACAACUUCCUGACAGCCCAUCAUGAGAUGGGACACAUCCAAUACGACAUGGCAUAUGCCAUACAACCUUUCCUGCUAAGAAAUGGAGCCAAUGAAGGGUUCCAUGAAGCUGUUGGGGAAAUCAUGUCACUUUCCGCAGCUACCCCAGAGCAUCUGAAAUCAAUUGGUCUUCUGCCAUCCAGUUUUCAGGAAGACAGUGAAACAGAAAUAAACUUUCUACUCAAACAAGCACUGACAAUUGUUGGAACGCUACCAUUCACUUACAUGUUAGAGAAGUGGAGGUGGAUGGUCUUUAAGGGUGAAAUUCCCAAAGAGCAGUGGAUGAAAAAGUGGUGGGAGAUGAAGCGAGAGAUCGUUGGUGUGGUAGAGCCUCUGCCUCAUGAUGAAACAUACUGUGACCCUGCAUCCUUAUUCCAUGUCUCUAAUGAUUUCUCAUUCAUCCGAUAUUAUACAAGGACCAUUUAUCAAUUCCAGUUUCAAGAAGCCCUUUGUCAAGCAGCUAAACAGGAUGGCCCACUGCACAAAUGUGACAUCUCCAAUUCCACUGAAGCUGGGCAGAAGUUGCUCAAUAUGCUGUCUCUUGGAAAAUCAGAACCCUGGACCCUAGCAUUGGAAAAUGUGGUAGGAGCCAGGAAUAUGGAUGUAAGACCUCUGCUGAAUUACUUUCACCCAUUGCUUAACUGGCUGAAAGAGCAGAACAGAAAUUCUUUUGUGGGGUGGAACACUGACUGGAGUCCAUAUGACGACCAAAGCAUUAAAGUGAGGAUAAGCCUAAAGUCAGCUCUUGGAAAUAAUGCAUAUGAAUGGACUGACAAUGAAAUGUACCUGUUCCAAUCAUCUGUUGCAUAUGCCAUGAGAAAGUACUUCUCAGAGGUCAAAAACCAGACAGUUCCUUUUAGGGAGGAAAAUGUAUGGGUGAGUGAUCUGAAACCAAGAGUCUCCUUCAAGUUCUUUGUCACUUCACCCCAAAAUGUGUCUAACAUCAUUCCUAGAAGUGAAGUUGAAGACGCCAUCAGGAUGUCUCGGGGCCGCAUCAAUGAUAUUUUCAGGCUGGAUGAUAACAGCCUGGAGUUUCUGGGGAUUCACCCAACACUUGAACCACCUUACCAGCCUCCUGUCACCGUAUGGCUGAUUGUUUUUGGCGUUGUGAUGGGAAUUGUAGUGGUUGGCAUUUUUAUCCUGAUCAUCUCUGGGAUCAAAGAUCGAAAGAAGAAAAAUGAAACAAAAAGAGAAGAGAAUCCUUAUGACUCCGUGGACAUUGGUAAAGGAGAAAGUAAUGCAGGAUUCCAAAACAGUGAUGAUAUUCAGACAUCAUUUUAGAAAAACACUUGUCAUUUUACUUUAUGCAAAUGUUAACUUUAUACUACUCCAAAUAUAAGAUUAUAUACAUGUCAUUAGAUUAUCAAAACUAUGAUCUAUUCAGUAAAAGUUGUCCAAAGAGGAUCUGACUUGAGUGGGCAUCUUCACUGACAUUGCUUUCAGUAUUUAUUUCUGCCUUGGUACUUGAUAUCUUUUUUGUUUAUUAAUAGAGAUGUUCAUCUUAGAGUCAAAGAGGGAAAUGUGCCUUUGGCCUCACAGUCUGUCCAGAGAUAAUGUAAAUGGAGAAAGCGUUGGGUAACUGGCAGAUGAAACAAUGUAUCUUAGAAGCAAGGGUUGGAUUUGGUAUGACAUCUGUGGUGUCAGCUGAUAGAACUGCUGAGGCUGAGAAUGGUGCUUGCUGUUCAAUUUAUUCCAUGUGUGACAGAUGGCCUGCAUCAUGUUCUGUGACUUCUGCAUUAACCCACUUCAUAGUAAUACUUGAAAUGUAAUUUCAAGUAUUUUGUUCACAGUAAUACUUGAAAUGGACUGUCCCUUCUUUAGUAUUACAGCUUCAAAGGGUAAAGAAGCCAGGCAUCAGGUAGAGAACACCAACUUUUCUCUCUCAAACUGCUUGGUCAACAUUCCUAAUAAUAUACAACUAGCACAGGAAACUCCAUGAACCCGGAACAUGCCUGAUAGAAACUUGCUUCCAUUAUCCUCUAACUGUGGAAUGAAGGAAAAUUCCAUCUGAAUGUCGACCCUGAGGAAUGGGUGCCCAGUCUUUGAAAUUGUUUGUAUUCUUUCACAGGGUCUGAGCAAUGGUGAACACAAAGCAGACCUCAAUAAAUACUUAUUAGAUUUGUACUCUC